AACUGGUAGGGGGCUGGUAGCGGAAAGCGGCGAGUUAAAUCCGUCCCCUCCCCAGAUCCCACUUCCGAGGGAGUGGGCGAUAGAGGGGAGGUGGGGUUGGACCAGCUGCGAGGGGGCCCCUCCCUUGCACCUCCCCCCACCGGACUUGGUCGCGCCCGAAGUGUAACACUUUCUCUUUGUCGGAGGAGCUGUGCUGUUUUCUGUGCUGGAGCUACAGUUGCGGCGACGCCCGUGGCAGCCCUGGCCGACGCAGGAGAGAUGGCAGCGACCGACAUAGCUCGCCAGGUGGGUGAAGGUUGCCGAACUGUCCCCCUGGCUGGACAUGUGGGGUUUGACAGCUUGCCUGACCAGCUGGUGAAUAAGUCAGUCAGCCAGGGCUUCUGCUUCAACAUCCUGUGUGUGGGAGAGACAGGUUUGGGCAAGUCCACCCUCAUGGACACCCUGUUCAACACCAAGUUUGAGGGGGAGCCAGCCACCCACACACAACCAGGUGUCCAGAUUCGGUCCAGUACCUAUGACCUCCAAGAGAGCAACGUGGGUCUAAAGCUCACAAUCGUUAGCACAGUGGGGUUUGGGGACCAGAUCAACAAGGAGGACAGCUACAAGCCCAUUGUGGAAUUCAUCGAUGCCCAAUUUGAGGCUUACCUGCAGGAGGAGCUGAAGAUCCGCAGGGUACUGCACACUUACCACGACUCCCGCAUCCAUGCCUGCUUGUACUUCAUCGCCCCCACGGGUCAUUCCCUGAAGUCUCUGGACCUAGUGACGAUGAAAAAGCUGGACAGUAAGGUGAACAUCAUCCCCAUCAUUGCCAAAUCAGACGCCAUUUCUAAGAGUGAGCUAACAAAGUUCAAAAUCAAAAUCACCAGCGAACUUGUCAGCAAUGGGGUCCAGAUCUACCAGUUCCCUACAGAUGAUGAGUCGGUGGCAGAGAUCAAUGGAACCAUGAAUGCCCACCUGCCUUUUGCUGUCAUUGGCAGCACAGAAGAACUGAAGAUAGGAAACAAGAUGAUGAAGGCCCGGCAGUACCCUUGGGGCACAGUGCAGGUUGAAAACGAGGCCCACUGCGACUUUGUGAAGCUGCGGGAGAUGCUGAUUCGGGUCAACAUGGAGGACCUCCGGGAGCAAACCCACAGCCGGCACUAUGAGCUCUACCGCCGCUGUAAGCUGGAGGAGAUGGGCUUCAAGGACACCGACCCUGACAGCAAACCUUUCAGCUUGCAGGAGACAUAUGAAGCCAAAAGGAAUGAGUUCCUGGGAGAGCUCCAGAAAAAAGAAGAGGAGAUGAGACAGAUGUUCGUCCAGAGAGUCAAAGAGAAAGAAGCUGAACUAAAAGAGGCAGAGAAAGAGCUGCAUGAGAAGUUUGACCGUCUGAAGAAACUACAUCAGGAUGAGAAGAAGAAGCUGGAGGAUAAGAAGAAAUCCCUGGAUGAUGAAGUGAACGCUUUCAAACAGAGAAAGACGGCAGCCGAGCUGCUCCAGUCCCAGGGCUCCCAGGCUGGAGGCUCACAGACUCUAAAAAGGGACAAAGAAAAGAAAAAUUAACUCUGCUGUUUGCUGCAUGCUGCAUGAGACCCGGGGUCCCGUAAUCCAUGGCUGUGUACUGAAUAGUAUUCCCUGCUACAGCUGGACUGGACUCCAUUUAGCUUUUUAAGCCAAGGUUCCUAUUUUAACUGACAGCUUUCCUUCGGGGUGCCAGGCAGCCGGGUCCCCCUCUCCUGCCAUGUACUUCCACUUCAAGCCCCCCCUCUUCUUUUUAAGUUCUGCCUGCCAGUCCCACUGACACUGACCAUGACCUUCAUCUUCUUUUUUAUUUUUUGAGGUGGUUUUUUGGUUACUUUCUUUCAAAACACAGUCUAACAAGGCUAUGCCAAAUAUUCAGGCCCUUUUGAAGUGUUUAGAAUGGGGAGAGGGUUUCUCUCUUCAAUAAUAGACAGUAAUAGGCAGCGAAAAGUAGAAAAAAAUGAAAAGCAAACGUAUGCACAAAGUUGAUUUUGUUGGCAAAACAAGAGUGCAGUUUUGAUAUGUAUUGUCUGGUGAGUAGCGGAUCGGUUAGUGGCCAGAGGUAAGUAUGAAGGGAUUGCUGCCAAAGCAUAAGCUAGUUUCUUGAAAAAUCCAAGUCUCAUAGUGGAGCAUUUUAGGAGACCCUAUGCUUGGCAGUUUAAAAAAAAACAAAACAACUUGGAUACUCGGCCAAUAGCUCAGAGAUGCUAAGUUAGGGCUGUCAAGUCUUCUUGGGAAGGGCAUCUUAUUUGCAGCUUUGAUACUUUCUUGUCCAGUGUCACAGCUGCUUCCCAUGUAUCCCAAACUUAAAACAACCACCAGUCUCCAUCUCUCUGGAUAAUUACUUGCAUCACAAAUAGAGCCCUCAUUUGCAUUUGUUUACAGAUUAACUACUUGAGGAUUUAGGAGCUCUGAAAACUUCAAAAUUUUGACAGCCUUCCACCAUCUUCAGAGACUAUGCAGGGAUUUUGUAUCCCGGGAUAAAUUUUGGUCCGCAAGACAGACAUAACCCACUUUUUUUGUAAGAGGAAAUUGAGGCCCAGAGAAGUGAGGGACUUGCUGGAGAUCCCAACCCUGUUUCACAGCAGAAGCCAGGCUAAAUUCAGUGUCUCCUGACUGCCGAUCCAUUUCACAAAGGGAUUCAGUCUCUUCAUGUGUGUCCCUGGAGAGAAGGUUUUUUGAUGCUCAGAGAAACCGAAUAGUUAGUAUUAGAGGGUCUUUGAGGGUUUUUUUGUCCCAUAGAAAAAUAUCCAAGGAUGUGUGGGUAGGGGCAGGCAAAGCAGAAAAGUCCAGACCAGCUCCUGAGCUGAGUGCUUCUGCUGACGGUAGGGAUCACCAGCACCUGUUAGCUGGUCAGCUUUCCUGGAAGUAUGGAAUGGGGCCCAGGCAUGCAUAUGUUUAACAGAUGCCCUAGACCAGGGGUCGGCAAACUGCGGCUCGCGAGUCACAUGCGGCUCUUUGGGUAUGUUCUUUCUCAA